GUUUGACACGAUUUCAGAGUGAAGAGGACGUUAGCACGUCAAUAUAGUCGGUGACGUUACCAUGUCGAAAUACGUAUCAGGAAUGUCUAUGAAAUGCGUCAGGUUAAUCCUGUACCUGUUCAAUCUAAUGUUGAUGUUUAGCGGUCUCACUGUGAUCGGUAUAUGCAUAUUUGUGAAAUACCAGCACCGUUUCGACGAAUAUGGUCCUGUUAAUUUUAGACUUGCCUUGUAUGGUAUUAUUGUAGUAUCGGGAGUCGUCAGUCUCACUGGUUGUUUAGGAUGCUGUGGCGCCAAGUAUGAAAACCGAUAUUGUCUCGGCUUUUAUUUUGGUAUAAUGGCUUUCAUUAUGCUAGUUGAGCUGACUGUUGGCAUUCUCUUGGUGGUCACUAAAGGAAAGUUAGUUGACCAAAUUACGGAUUCUCUGGCAGACAUGGUGAGUGAAGUCUAUUAUCGAGGAGAUGAAGACUCCCCGGUCGUCAUCUUUAUUGACUGGUUGCAGACCAAGUUCAAAUGUUGCGGUUCAUCUGGAUAUGAAGACUAUGAGAUCCCUCCAAGAAGUUGUUUCUGUUUCUUUUGUGACAAUAAACUAACCACCGAUGUUUUCACGAAGGGAUGUGCUAAAGCAGUGUCCCAGUAUGCUGACCAGUAUAUUCGAAUACUGUAUGCCAUAAUACUAGGAAUUGGAAUAGCACAGUUGAUAGGAUUGAUAUUUGCUAUUCAACUACUGCUCCACAUCAGAAAACAGCGAACUCGACGAAAUCUACAUACAAUCAAUAACAAUAAAUUGGGCAGUACAUUGUUAUAAUGUGACACAUGUUCUUGCCAUAAAAAUAUAUUGAUAUUAGAAUAAAGUGUUUUGUCUUACAAGCAA